AUGGCUCAGCUCUUCCAAUGGCGGCUGCGCUACUGCCAACUGCGAGCCCUCCACCCCGUGGGUCGCUUCUACGCCAUUGCACUGGCCCUGAGCAUCCCGCUGGCGUUCAUGCUCUUUGCCGCACACCGGGACCUGGUGACGCGCGCGCAGGAGGGCGGGGCAAGCUGGCUGACGUCAGCGGAGCCGAGGUUGACGUCAGCGCGGCGAUACGGGACAAGGAUUGGUGGGGUCGGGCAGGAGUUGGGCGGGGAAAUGUUGGAAGGGAGAGAAGUCAUUGAGUAUAAGUAUACGUUUGAGAGAAGCACCACGGUGCGGCCUGCUGGGAUUGGCUGGCCGUUUGGGCGGGCGGGGAUCGCGGGGAUCGUUUCCAAGUUGCUACAAAUGACCAGUCCUGCAAAGUCAGCGAAAAACAGCAUAGAUUCUGCUGAGCAGUUGGGAGGCCCGCUGAGAGUCUACAUGUACGAUCUUCCGGCGCAAUUCAACUGGGGCAUAAUAGACAAAAGUUGGGAACAUUCUCGAUUCUCAAACACUACCAAUGGCGUGAACAUAGGUGGAAUCAGCUAUCCUUUGUACCCGGGCAGCGUUUCAAGAAAGCAGCACAGCAUCGCUUUCUGGCUGACGUUGGAUCUACUGUCAGCUGCGCACCACAAUGCAACUAGAGCGAACUGGGAAAGAGCGGCCGUCAGGGUGGCGGACCCAAAAGAUGCUGACGUGUUUUUUGUGCCGUUCUUCUCGAGCCUGAGUUACAACGGAAACUCGCACAGAAGCAUCAUGGAACAGAGGAGCGUACAGCUGGCUUUCGUUGAUUGGCUGACGCAGCAGCCCCCCUGGAAGGCGUCCGGCGGCUCGGACCACGUGAUCCCCGUGCACCAUCCUAACGCGCUGAAUCUGUGCGCGCACAUGCUGCGCAGCGCGCGCUUCAUUGUGGCGGACUUCGGACGCCAGCCGCGAAAGGUCUCUAACGAAGCAAAGGACAUCGUCGCGCCGUAUAAGCACAUGGUGCCCACGUACGUGGAGGAUUCCGCCGGUUGGGAAGCCCGCAAGAGCCUUCUCUUCUUUCAGGGCCAGCUGCAGCGGAAAGCGGGCGGCGCCGUCCGGCAGGAGCUGCUCGGCGUGCUGGGCCGGGAGACGGGCGUCGUGAUGCAGCCCGGGCGGCCCAGCUCGGUUGGCGUGGCCGACGCGGCGACACGGAUGCGCGACUCGCGCUUCUGCCUCAUGCCCGCGGGUGACACCCCGUCCUCGUGUCGCCUUUUCGACGCCAUCGCUAGUCACUGCGUCCCGGUUGUGGUGAGCGACCAACUCGAGCUGCCCUUUGAGGACGUUCUCGAUUAUACCCGGUUCGCGAUCUUCGUUCCGGCGGAACGCGCCGUUCAGCCGGGGUAUCUGGUCGGGACGUUGCGGAAUGUCACGCAAACAGAGUGGGAGGCCAUGUGGCAGCGCCUGAAGGAGGUGGACAAGUACUUUGAGUACGGCUACCCCCCUCAACGGUUUGGCAGCGAGCAGAUGAUCUGGCAAGCGAUCGGUCGAAAAGUUCGCGGGGUCAACCGGGGGCACAACCGGCGGAGACGGCGCGAGGUACUAGGAUUGCCGCCGUGA